AUGUCUGUAUACUUGAAGCGUCAGUCCGGUUCCCAUUCGGCCAGCGAUGAAGGCCCUUCGAGUUUUCCGCCAGAGUACGCAAACUUCAGUGCCGCCGAUGAAAUCAUUUCCAUUACCAGCGUCUUCUGCGCCUUGGCGCUGGCCGUGGUCAUGCUCCGCCUCUAUGUGAGAGGCUGGAUGCUGAGAUUUGUCGGCUCUGACGACUAUGUCAUUUUGUUUUCCAUGGUAUUAAGCAUAGUCGUCAUGGUCUGCUUCAUUGAGGAGACCAAAUACGGGCUGGGCAAGCAUGCUAUCGUCAUGCUCUCAGACCCUGUCGGCUACACGCAAUUUUCCAAGUGGCUUUACGUCCACAGCCUCAUCAUCAUGGUCGCAGUCAGCGCGGUCAAGGUCUCAAUUGCCCUAUUUCUCAUGCGCCUUGCCGAGAGAACGAGGAAGGUUAGGUUUUUAUGGGGGAUGAUUAUCUUCAUCAUCCUGUUCACCAUAUCUUGCGCCUGCACUUUGAUUUUCCAGUGUUCGCCCAUCGCUGCUGCUUGGGACUACUCCCUUCGAAUGCCGCCCGAGAAGGCCAAGUGCUUCUCAAUGAACACUUUCAGGAACAUCGGCAUGUUCAAUAGCAUCGUGAACAUCCUCACCGACUUCCUCUUCGCCUCACUUCCGGUUCCUUUGAUCUGGGAAUUGCAGGUCAACCUUAGAACGAAGCUCACGUUGGCCUCGAUUCUUAGUCUCGGUUUCUUCGCCUCUGCAGCAGCCAUCGUCAAGUGUGUCAAGCAGUGGAACGUCCUUGAAGAUCCGGAUUGGACAGUGCACGAUUCCUUUAAUGUGUGGAACUACAUCGAGCUGAACAUUGGCAUCGUCGCCGCCUGCCUACCGGCCUUGAAGCCUCUGUUCAACUGGUUCCUUGAGACUGCACGCGCCAUCACUAGCUCCGGUGGACGCUCUGGGAACCGCCGCCGAACCGGUUACAGCGGCUAUGGCAGUCGCUCCACUGCGCACGGAUAUAUGAAACAGCAAGACAGCUUUGCCAUGGCGAGCAUUUCACGCUCCCGAGCAGAUGCAGAGCUGGGAAAGGUGGAUCCAUACGUCGCAAAAGUCUCUGUCGGUGUGAAAGAAGUGGACAGGGAACUCCCUCUCGCUUCAGAUGCAAGCCGGGAUUCUGGCGGGGCCGUGUCAAAGGCAUCCAAAGAAGGGGAGAAGGAGUGGGAUUCCGAAGCAAGGAAAACCAGCGACGAUGGUAUACUCUCACACGCAGGAGGCAGUUCAAGACCGAGAGGUCGUGUCAUCCUACGAACAACCGAGGUCCAUGUUAGUUGA